CGCAACUUUAACUUGAGCUCAGCUGAGCUUAGUUCGGUUCAGUUCGGAUCGGUUCGGUUCAGUUCAGGUGUAACAAACUAACGGUGCAGCUCGUGUUGCGCCGCAGUCGUCGCCGCGCCGCCAUCGCAUCGAACACGCCGCGCAUUUUGUUUUGUUUUCAUUUCGUUACGUUACGUUUCGUAUUUUUUUUCUCUGUUUUGUUCUAUUCUGUUCUGUUUUUUUGUUGUUUGUUUUUAUUUUUUGCAUGCGACUGCGACUUUGACUGCGGCAAUUAAAAGUCGCUUAUAAUAUUUCAAAGUCGCAGCAACGAAAUUCGAGUUGACAGGCCGCCCAACGUUGCGCCACGCCCACUUACAAAGCUGCAAAGGGCGCUGCUCGGGGCGGUCGGUGGCAAAUAGCGUGUUGCAUGCCCCAUGUGGCAAGUUGUAAUGAUGGCAAUGCAAAGUGAAAGUGCAAAAAAAUUAAUUAGGCAAAGGAAAUAAAGGAAAUCAAAAGGCGAAAAGAGGAGUAAUUGGCAAAAGAGGAGAGGAGGAGAAAGGAGGAGAAGGAGGAGAAAGCGGAGUAGAAAGAGGAGUAGAAGCACCUAACAACGCGUUGCAUUCCAGGCACCAUCGAUGUAGUCAAAGUUGCCGCCGUCGCCAGAUGAUCGAAUGGUGGUGAUCCUUCUACUGUCGCCAUGCACAUGCAGCCGAAGCAGCAGCAGCAGCCGUCACAUCCAACAACAACAACAACAACAGCAGCAGCAGCAGCACCAUCAACAGCACCACCUUGCACCACACAAAUCCAGUUGCAGCAGCAGCAGCGAAAUCAGCAGCGAAGAAAGUAAUGGCAAUGCAUCCUCAUCGGCAUCGACGGGUGUUACGGCCAUUCCCGCCAGGUUCUAUGCUGCACCAGCACCACCACCACCACUACUACCACCACCACCAGCAACGCUGCACCACUGGCCUAGUCAGAGUCAUAGCUAUAGCUAUCAGAAGACACCACUGUCGCAGCAGCAGCACAAAAACUCCUCUUUUCCGACCUAUGCAAAUGUGGUGCCUAAACCACCGCGAAGUUACGCCCACAGCCACGCCCACGCCCACGCUCCAGAAGCACCAACAACAACAACAACAAAUGCUGCAAUUGUAUUUCGCAUCUACGCACAAGAAACUCUGCCCGCCGUCAAGUCCGUCAAAUCUACAACUAACAAUAAUAACAACAACAAAACUCAUCAUCAUAAUACAAAUCAUAGAAAAUGCCACAGCAAACAUAAAAGUGGUGUUGGUGGUGUUAACACAACCACAACUGGCGAUUAUGUGCGUCACGUGACACGCGUUAAUUUCUAUGACGUUGAUACUUCGCAGGUCGAAUUCGAGUCCAAAGAUGAUGAUGACAACUGCAAUGAGGCAACUGCAAAUAAAUGCGAUACAGAAGCUAUAACCAAAGAAGAGGAAUGGAUAACGAAGCGAAAAACUGAGCUAACGACAACGAGACAAAUCGAGACGCGUGUGAAGCGGCAAGUGAAGCUGCAGGAUGGCAAAGUGAUUGAGGAUUCCGGUCCCAUAGUGUCCACAAAUACGACCGAGGAUACGGACAAACAGGAAACGGAGACAACGGAGAAACGGGACCUGGGACUGCCCGAUGAUUUGGAUGGCAAUGCACAGUUGAUUGAUGCUGCGGCGUUGCAAGCGGGCGCCGUUAAUGAAACGCAGCUCGCUCAGCUGCAGGAGGCGUUUAAUUUGGGCGUGGGCAACAAUCCAACGGCAACGUCAGCGGCAGCGGCAGCGGCAGCGGAUGGCAGCAGUGGUGGCAAGUUGGUCAAACGGAUGGUGCCGCGUCCAAUUGAUGGUCUGGUGCGUCAGAUUGACGAUAAACGCGUCAUAUCGCACGAGGAGAUCAAGGACUACCAUGAGACGCAGGAUGUUAAGCAUUUGGGCGAUUUUACCGAUGAGACCUACGUGAAGGCCGUGCGCGAGGGUGUUCAGGAUCUUGAGGCGGUGCUCUGCUCUCCCGAGAGCCAACAACAGUUGGUUCCGCUUGGACCACAGCUGGUGGCGAAUACGAGUAAAUCUCGAAAAACAAUCGACUCGGAGGAUACGCAGAAACGUUGUCUGGCCCAGGAGGACGGUACACUGGUAACCGAGAGUAAAAAGACGACCGAGCACGAGUUGAUCCUCGACGGUGACGAGGAGGCGCGUCCGGGCGAUGAACUGCUGGGAGAUCAGCUGAUCACAACGGCGGCGAGUCAACGGUAUUUCAAGCAACGCGACGAACAGCAUGUGGAUCUGUUAGCCGACGGCAAACUGGUCGCCACCGAGAUGCGAUACGCCGCCGAGACACAGCAAAUGGAGAAGGAUGGCUCCCUGGAGCGACCCGGCGAUUGGGAUAGUCUCUCCGAUCGAAUGAGAAAACUGCGACGCACACAACAACAGCAGCAACAGAAGGAGGUGGCCUUGCUGGCGGAUCGCAAGGAUGCGUUGACGAAGCGUCCCUUGGACUUUGAUCGCGAGGAGGAGACGCGCAAGGGCGAGACGAUGAAAUGGCUGGAAUCGCAUUUUGGCAGCGAAUCGACAGCAUCGAAUGAUUCACGGGAUGACGAGGCCAAUGAUGUGGAUGUGGAGCCCACUAAGAAAAGUUACUUUAAUGUGACAAUCAAAUCGCAGAGUCAGCAAAUGGUUGGAAAUCCAGUUGGGAAUUUAACACAAACAUUGCCACGCAGCGCCGAGCGGGAGCGCGAAAGGGAGAGGGAGCGCGAAAGGGAGCGAGAGCGGGAGAGGGACAGGGAGAGAGAAAGGGAACGUAUGACGAACACAUUGGACCGAAAGUAUUUAAAGGAUGCGGGAGCAACAAAUUCAAGAGGCAAAUACUUUCAAGGCAUCUCGAAUUGGGCGGAGCGUCAGGAGGCGCCCGUCAAUCAUCAUUUCUCGACGCAGGCAUUUCGCGAGGAUCUCCAGGAAACGAUACGCCGCAAUGGCUUGAAGAAGAAGAAACUGGAUGUGGUGAGCACAACAACAGCAGCGACAACAGCUACACCCAAUGAUAGCUAUGUGAGCCGGGAGGAUAUACUGCAACAGAAGCGUCAAAGUUUAUCCUCACAAUUUCUGGCAAGAUCAACGCGCGGUUCCAGGGAUGCUUUGAAUGAUUUGGAUGCCAUACCAGGACCAGGAUUGGGUUCAGUGCGAGCUGCGGAGCCAUCGCAUAAGCGUAUGGCCUAUGGACAUGCCCAUGGUCAUGGCCGUAGCAGCAGUAAUCCCACGCAUCCAACCCACCCUAUGAAUGGUUCAACCCACCCUAUAAAUGGUCGUGGCCAUUAUGAGACGCCCAGCAGCAGCAGCAACAGCAAUUUGGGUGGUCGUCCCACUGUGCCACAGCGUCGUCGUGCCAUCGAGAAGAAGCUGGGCGAGCACACCCAUGUGCAUGGUCACGUCCACACCAAGAUCUCGCAAUUGGAGCCACCACCAGAUUAUUCGCCACCACCACGUAGUCGUAGUCGUUCCUCAUCGCCACAAGUGGAUUAUGUGGUGAAUCGAGCGCGUCAGCCAGUUGGAAUUGGAUUAGGAGCGGGAUUAGGUGGAUCUGGAGCCGGCGCAGGAGGACUAGCAGCCGGCGCAGGCGGCUUAGGAGUCGGGCCGGGCGGCGCGGCAGUCGGAGCACCACUGGACGCCAGCUCCACCAUGACACUGAAUCGCAAACAACAACAACGCACAAGAUUCGCGCCCACAUCCGGCUAUCCGCCCGCCACCUCCAUCAAUGGCGGCACCUUGCGUCCUGGCCACACCUCCGCCUCCACCUCCAAUCUGUCGACAAUGAGUGCGAGUAAGCCCAGCAAGAUGGGUCAAGUCAUUGGCAACUCGCUGCGCAAAUUGGUCAGCAAAAUACGCUCGGCGAGUGUAGAGCGUAAAUUUCGCAUGAAAAGUGCCGCCAAUAAAUCGCGAGAGCAGUCGCCCAGCCCAGCUCCAGUUCCAACAACAUAUCAGCAGUACAAUGUCAUCGAUGGACACAUUGGAGGAUCAGCAAAUGGCCAUGGGAAUGGUCAUGGGAAUGCCAAUGGAUUGCGGCACAGCAGCAAUGAGUCGGAGGGUUCCAUCUCAGAUGGUCAACGCAGGCGCAAUGUGGAAGUGCAAUCCCCGCCAGCACAACCCUUGAGAGGAUUUAAGGAUGCACAACUGCCACUGGAACAGUCGAUAAGUCCGCGUCAGCGAUAUUAUCUGGGUGAGGAUCCGUACUCGAGUACGCUGUACGGCAAGGAGAACAUCUACGAGCGUCAUCAUGUGCAAUCCCAAGGACGACUGCGUCAGCAGCAGCAGCAGCAGCAGCAGCCGCGUUACGAGCCACGCGAGCCGGAGGAUGAGGAUGAUUAUUACGAGACGCGUGCUCCGGUUCCCGCUGCCGGCACACACACCCUGGGACGCUAUCAGAAGCAUGGACAGCGUUUCAGUGGCUCCACGCCAAAUCUAAAUGCACAGCAGGAUUAUCGAUCGGCACAAACGUUGCCACGCAAAUUGCACGAAGGACAAUAUCGAGGACAUCAUCAACAGCAACAACAGCAACAACAGCAACAACAGCAGCAACAACAGCAGCAGCAACAACAACGUUACAAUCAGACGCUGGAGAAGACAUCGCGACCAUUGUACGGCGUCGUCCUGAAUCCGAGUCAGAGCCAAACUCCGAGUCAACAGCAAAGACAACAACUUAAUCAACCCAUCAUACUGCCCAUGGAGCCGGCUCAGGGUCCUGCAAAGCCGGCUCGUACCUAUGCCAAGGUCCUGAAUCGCAGCAAGAGCUUCAAUGUGCACGGCAUGAAUGGCAGCAAUGAUCCUAGUCCCAUUUACAUUGAGAAACUGACCCGGAAUAAUUAUAAUAAUCGACAAACGGAACAAACGCAGGCAUAUAAAUCAAAUCCGCAUCUUUUCUCCAGCGGCAAGGAUAAUUCGUUGAAGAGUGGCCUGAAAAGUCCAUCGAUUGUGAAUCUCAUAAGUCGCAGUCAAAAGGAUUUAACCAAAAUUGUGGGCAAUGAGGAGGAGGAGGAUCUCUAUCAGAAUCAGCAACAGCAACAACAACAACAACCACAACAUCAUCAACAUAAUCAGGAUCUGGAUAAAAAGCAAUUGUAUUUACGUGGUCUGCAUCAACAGGCGCCCGAUCUGUAUCGUGUCAUACAUGGCGAUGAGGAUUAUGGCACGCGAUCUGGCAACGCCAGCAUCCAUCAUAAAUAUCCAUUGCAGCCGAAAUUCUCAUUGGAUUCGCGCUCUCCGCCUCCCGUCGAGCUCAACAAGGACACGGCGAGCAUUGUGCGUCGCAGCAGCGCAAGCAACGAGAUCCACAACGAGAACCACAAGCGUUUGCUCUACACAGAGCAUCCACAACAUCCACAGCAUCCACAGCAUCCACAACAUUCACAGCAUCAUCAACUGCGUCGCGGCUCUGGCGCCACAAUUAUCGAACUGCGCAAUCGCAAAUAAAAGUCUCCAAACACACACACACACAGACACACAAACACAACUCUACACUGCAACAUAGAUUUGUCUCUUUCACUCUCUCUCUCUCUCUCAAUCAAUCUGUUUGCGACUCGGCUUUAGUUGCAUUUGACAAGCUGCAAAUCAAAAUAAAAAGAUUGAAGUCGCCUUGCUUUCUUACUUUUUAUACUCUUGCAGAGCUUUUUUUUCGAUUUUUUUUAUAUAUUAUAUUACACUAUACUUUAUUUAUAUAUUUUUUAAAUGAGAAGCACGAACCAAGUCAACAAUAUUUCAAAUAUAGCAAAUUUGAAACAAAAAAUAAAUAACUUACGUAUUACACAAUGUAACAGUCCGUUUUGUAACCUUUAACAAAUUCUGUGUAAAAGUUUUUCCAUGGUAGAAUUUUUUUUUUUUUCUAAUUUGUCUUAACAUUUAUAAUUUUUCCAAAUUUUUUUUAAA